GCAAUAAUUAACCUACCCCAUUUAGAAGGCAAAUUUCCAUCGAGUCGGGUACAUAUCUUCUAUGAUAAGGAUGGCAAUAAGAAGAAAACUGAGGAUGAUUGUCACUUCUCUACCGUAAUCCGCUUCACAUCUGCAUCAGAACCGGGUAAAAAUGCCACCGUACGAAAGACGUCGACGACAACGAAAAUCAUCGACGGCAAGAAGGUGGUCACAAAACGAACAGAGAAUGAAGACGAGGAAGUAGUUGAGAUCCUGGAAGACGGCGAAUUGAAAUCGAGGACGGUAAAUCCGACGGUAGCUGUGGCAGCUGCCAACUAA